AUGAACAGAUGGAAAAUGUUGCUGUUUCUGCUUUUAAUGUUAACUUUGAACGUGAGCGGCAAAGGUACGUUGACACACUUUUAUGGAUUUGACAAAUCCAAACAUUGUUACUCAUCCUUUUUACAGUUUUCUCAUGUGAUCAUUUUAGUUGAAUAAAUGCAGAUUUGUUUUUUUAUAGUGUUUGCAGCUGCUCUCAUCAAUCUUGAGAAAACUGUUGGUAGAGAGCCGAACGCCGUGCCAGUGUGCAGGAACUCAACUGAAAAUAUUAUCCUUCUGGUCAUCUGUAAAAUCAGCAUGAGGAGCGGGAAUGAUUGUCAACUUUUCUAUCAACAUAAACAAGACUUUGAGAAUAAAUGUGACUCUAAAGUCAGAUUAAUGAAAGAGAUCCAAACAAUAUUUCUGGAUUUAACUAAUUUAACACCAACGGAUGGUGGAAACUACACGUGUGAAUGUUCACACCAAGAUGGAAUGAAAGUACUCCAUCUCAACAUCACCGUUAGAGGUAAGUUUGAAACUUCUCAUAUUUCAUACUUUAAAAAUCAAUAUGUUGUAUUUUUGGGUUUAUUCGUAAAUUUUGCACAAAUCUGUCUCAUUUAUUCUUCAUAGAAACAUCUCCAGAAGCAAACACUAAUCUGUCGUUCUUUCCUUGGAGUUUCAUCUUCAUUUUGAUCGCUGUGUCUGUGUUUGUCCUCCUGACUGGAGCUGUUGUCGUCUACAUCCUCUGUAAAAAGUGCUGCAGGUAAAACCUCUCACCCUGUAAACUAACAGUUUUUCAUUUUAAGAUAGGGAUGAUUAUGAAACCUGAUAUCUGACACCUUUUUGUUUGUUCACAGAGACGAUACAGGGUCAGAAGAACCCAGGACGUCUGCGUCUGGAUCCUCCAACUCUUCGGUAAACCUUGUACUUUUUAACUUCUUACUCUGUUGAUGCCAAUGUUUGCUUUAAACACAGUACAAUCGCUUUCACAUGAGAUUAUUUUGACUAUUACUAUUUGACUACUACUUUGCUUCUUUUUCUAUUUUUUGCAAAUAAGAGAGAAAGAAAACAGGGUUAACCAACCACAAGUCCACCACAACUUCUAUUACAGCAUCAGCUUUGUUGAAGUAAAGGAAGCCUAUUUGCUGCUCCAGCUUCUGUGGCUUCUGCACUCGCAACACCUCUGUGUUUUUGCUAUAUUUAACAACCGUGUAAAAACAAAUUCACUUGCUGUGUUUGUGCUCCAUUCACAUUCAAUGUUCCCACAGAACCAAGACUUCUCAGAGGACCACUACGAGAGCCUCCAGGAACCAGCGGACGACGUCUAUCAAACCAUCUCCUUGGAGCCUCUUCAACAUGACGCCAAGAAGGACAACAACAAGAAGACCGCUCCUGCACAUUUAGAUGAUCCAGAUAUGGAUGAUGAGGAGACUGAGGAAGGACAAGACAUCUAUGAAAACAUCUGA